ACUACGUCACUUCCGUAAACACAAGGCUGCAAUGUGGAAAUUGUGUACCGGGUUUGUUUUAUUACCGUCGUUUUUUCCAUUUUUAUCAUUAAUACACGCCAAAAAUAGAUGAUGUCUCAAGCCUGUGCGACCUCUCUUAAAGAAAAAAAACCCGAUGUGAAGAACAACAACAGCGUUAAAGACUCAACUGACAAAGGCGCAAAAUAUGUGAGCGAUACCUCCACCAGUUCAGACAGAAAUGUGAGGGAGCGUGUUUUAAAGGAGGUAGGAUUCACCAGCACCACCUUCAUUGGUCCAGCAUUUCCCCCGGGAACGGCCGCAGCCACAGUCAAGGUUGACAUUGAAGACACACUGAGUGAGUUUUACAAAGAGCUUGAGAGUAUUGAUGCUCCCGAUGGCACUAAUUCUUCCUGUGUGACUUCUCCUAAAGAAAAAAAACCUGGUGUGUGUGACUCAGUCAAGAACAACAACAGUGCUAAAGACUCAACCGACAGUGGUGCAAAAUGUGUGAGCAAUAACUUCAGCAGUCCAGGUGCAGACUUUGAGAAUAUUAAUAACACAAGCAGACCUGCAGCAACAGAUGGAUACCGGAGAAGCAGUGGGCAGAAACAGCCAUCUUGGCCUCACUGGUAUCAAAAUGAGCCAUACCACCCCAGAAAACCCAGGUCAGGCAUUGACCUGAACUCUGGUAUCGCUACACCUGCUCACGAUCAGCAGCAUUAUCCUCAAGCACUGAACAGACCACCAAACCCAAGAUUUGACAGACCCCCAUUCCAUCGUCCUCCGCCCCCUUCUGCGUUCCCAAAUCCACAAAACCCGCCAUCAUACGUGAAUCGCAACUGGAGAGGUUCAGGCAUGACAAACCAGUAUCAAGAGCAGUCUCAUUUUCCACCGUUUUCUAGGUUCCCACCGACAUAUGAAUGCAGUCACCCCUCUCAGGACUUUUAUGGAGAUACUCCACAUCACCUUGACAGGGAUGAACGGGGUUAUAACCAUGACGCACAGCCAGAUGUUAAUGUUGGAUGGCCUAGAGAUGCACAAGAGGAAUGGUUGCAGUUUGAUGAAGAUUAUGACAGGCACCGGAGAUUUGAUUCAGAAAAUGAACUGUGGGAGCAGCAGCAUCACUGCCGACCCCCUGAUAACACUCGUGCACAACACUUUUCCUCAGUGCUGAUCUUGAUGAGGGGGUUACCAGGGUCUGGAAAAUCAACAAUGGCAAGGGAGUUGCUCUCCACUGGUCCCAGUGGGUUAAUACUGAGCACUGAUGACUACUUUGCUCAUAAAGAUGGCUACCACUAUGAACCAGGCCUUCUUGGAGAGGCACAUGAAUGGAACCAGAGAAGAGCUAAAGAUGCUAUGCAUGAUGGCCGGACUCCCGUUAUUAUUGAUAAUACAAACAUCCAAGCCUGGGAAAUGAAGCCAUAUAUCAAGCUGGCCUUGGAGAGGGGAUACAGAGUGGACUUUUGUGAACCCGACACCAACUGGAAGUUUGAUCCUUAUGAGCUGGAGAAGAGGAAUAAGCACGGUGUUCCCCAGGAGAAGAUCGCACAGAUGCUGGAUCGCUUUUCAUUUCCCAUUUCCAUAGACAUCGUCAUGAGUUCACAAGAGCCACCUCACGUUAACCAGAGACGUCGACCAGAGCAACCACAGAUGAGGAAAAGCAGAGAUUUCUAUUAGGUUUUUUUCAGGGAUUUCACAGCCAAAUAAUUUGCCUUGAAGAACAACACUUUUGUAACAGUGGAACUAUUGUUAACUGCUGUUUCUACUUGAUUUUAAAUGUAUUGUUUUGUACAUUGUAAAUGUUUGUAAACAGAGAAGAGAUAUAUUUUCCUCUAAAGAAAUUUGAUUAUUAAAUUGCCAUUUCUAACAUUUUUGCUAGGAAAAGUCAAAUCUCUUUUUGUAUUUUUUGACUGAUAUGUCAGACUUUGCACUCAGUGUGUUAAGAGAAAUAUGCAGCAAUAUGGAAAGCAACAUCUGCCUCUUGUACAGCUUAUGUCUUAAUCGGUUAUACGUCAGUUUUUCACAUUGUUGUUGGCUUCUUGUAAGUCCUUGAAAUCUGCAGAGCAACUGUGAGUGUUCUUUGUUCUGGUAAACAUGAAAUUUAAUAGUUAAUUUUCCACUUUGGCAUGCAAAGACAAUUCUGCUUUUGUUUUCUAUUUACGCCUGCAAGGGACGCCAAAAUACAGUUUUCCAUUUCAAUCUCUCAGAUAUCUUCCUUUCAUGUUUGUGCAUAUUUAAAUAAUUCAUAUUAUUAUUUAUCAAAUGAGCUCAGUAUUCAGAAGAUUGUAUCAUAUACAGCUUUGUGAAUGCAUAUUCUCAUUAUGAUGAGUGUUUCCAUCAGAGUUCUGCACAGAUAUUUUUCAGUAUUACUAUUUUUUUGUCCUUAUGGUGUAAAUUAUUUUCCUUCUCAAAUUAUUUCAGGUUUCAGGGUAAAAAGUCAGAUAUUAGCAUGGUCACACCUCAAUUGCCAAGCAAAAAAGCUUUCUUUGUUUCUUUGACAAUCGGAAUAUUUAUGAUUUCUCUCAUUUUUGUUCUGUUCAAAAGUAUGAAAGUGAAGGAAUAGUAAAUAUAUCAGUUGUACAAAAUAAUCAAACUGCUCAGUCUUUGUAAAGACACUGACAUUUUUUUGAUGAGACCAGCUGCCCAAAGCAGAAUUAACUCACCACACCUUCGGCAAAUUACUGUGGAAAACAAUGUACAAAGACCUUAUCACCGUAAAAGCUCUGAAUAAUGGUGAGUGUGGAGAGGUCUGAUAGCAUUCAUUACUUUGUCUCUCAGGAAAUCACAUUUUGCCUGCGUAUUCCCCCAGGUGUUCAUUAAAGCAGCACAGAGAGGUGCUCUUUUGUUGACUUUAUUUUUUUCCAAUCAGCGAAGCCCAGCGCAAAGCUGACGAGCCUGGAAGCAUUUUCUCUGUUUUCACACUUGUUACUUAAAAACAUCUCUGUAGAGCAGGAAAAUGUGAUCCAGCCUGUUUGCAGCUCUACACAGUAAACGUACCUGUCUGUGCUAUAUGGUCAUAUUUUUGGAUAUCUGUGGAUUUUCCAUGUUAGCCACAAGUGAUUUAUUGUACCCUGUGGAUUCUGGGAUAAAUGAAUAUUUUUCUGCAUAGCUGGAUCUGGGUUACCUGUCAUGUUCUCUGUUUCACAUUAUACAGACACCGUUUCAUGUUUAAAAAUAGUACACUGGCAACUGCAAGCACAUAAAGUUUGAUUUUUAUUUCUAAACAAGUACUGUAUGUGCUGAUUCUGGGUAAGUCACGAUGUUCACUGACAGAAGUGGACAAAAUAGAAGAAACACCUUACAAUAGUUACCCUGCAGUAAAUGCCAAUUUUUUGUUGAUUUUUAAAAAAAUUUUUUAUUGAGACUCUUUAGUGGGCACAUCUGAAGUUGAAGGUUGUUUUGUUGUUAAGCAUGUUAUGUGACUCAGCCUGUAUUUCUCAGUGCAGCUUUCAUGCUUUUUCAUGUGUUAUAUCGAUGUGAUUUGUCAGGUAUUUCCUUGCCAUGUCACCUGAUUUUGCAAUGUUUAAAACCGAUACAACUCCAAUCAGUCAAAGUGAUAUUUACUGCAGUUGUAUUGUUUUGUCUUGUAUUAUAUUUCAGUAUUUUAGACACAAACAUUACACUGAUUUUAGCAGCACUUUCAUCUUAACAUGCGUGUAUUGGCAGUUAGACUUAAUCCGGUUGUGUGUUUGAUCCAGUUUCAGUGUUUCACCAAACAGAGGGAUGUGGUAUUUCCUCACACUAUUGAGGAGCAUGUGAUCCUUCCACCAGCGAUGGGUUUUGCACAGUGACAACUGUGAUAUGUAAAGUAAUGUUUGGCAGUCUUCUAUGAAUGAAAACAAAUGAUGUGCUGCCUCAUUGUGUUCCAGUUUGACUAAUAUAUUGAUGAUUUUGUCCGCA